CCAUGGACACAGCCCCAGUCCUGAUGGGCUCCCUUCAGCACUGCCCUUGCCAGCUGCCUAAGAUGGGUGACACCUGGUCCCAGCUGCCCCAGCCCGGGCCCCCACACCCAGCCUUGCUGCUGGUCUCCCUCCUCUUGGCAGCUGGGGUGAUGCACUCGGAUGCCGGCACCAGCUGCCCUGUCCUUUGCACAUGCCAUAACCAGGUGGUAGAUUGCAGCAGCCAACGGCUAUUCUCCGUGCCCCCAGACCUGCCCAUGGACAUGCGCAACCUCAGCCUGGCCCACAACCGCAUCACCGCCGUGCCCCCCGGCUAUCUCACGUGCUACAUGGAGCUCCGGGUGCUGGAUUUGCGCAACAACUCCUUGAUCGGGCUGCCCCCGGGCCUCUUCCUCCAUGCCAAGCGCUUGGCACACCUGGAUCUGAGCUACAACAACCUGAGCCACGUGCCAGCGGACAUGUUCCAGGAAGCCCACGGCCUGGUGCACAUCGACCUGAGCCACAACCCAUGGCUGCGCCGGGUGCACCCACAGGCCUUCCAGGGGCUUAUGCAGCUCCGAGACCUGGACCUCAGCUACGGAGGCUUGGCCUUCCUUAGCCUUGAGGCCCUGGAGGGCCUACCGGGGCUGGUGACCCUGCAGAUCGGCGGCAACCCCUGGGUAUGCGGCUGCACCAUGGAGCCUCUACUGAAGUGGCUGCGGAACCGCAUCCAGCGCUGCACAUCAGAUUCUCAGCUGGCGGAAUGCCGGGGUCCCCCUGAAGUUGAGGGUGCCCCACUCUUCUCCCUCACUGAGGAGAGCUUCAAGGCCUGCCACCUGACCCUGACCCUGGAUGAUUACCUCUUCAUUGCGUUUGUGGGCUUUGUGGUCUCCAUUGCAUCUGUGGCCACCAACUUUCUCCUGGGCAUCACAGCCAACUGCUGCCACCGUUGGAGCAAAGCCAGUGAAGAGGAAGAGAUUUGAUAUGGGAUUUCAUAUGAGUACCUGUCAUCCCUCCAUGCUACCAACUACCACUGACAUUGACCACCAGACACCCUCCCCGGCUGCCCACUCUGACCCGAUAGUGCCCUGGCCACCUCUGUUAUGGCUCAAGCAAUGUUGAGAAACUACUUUUGGGCAAGCUUCUACUGUGAGCCAGGCACUGUGCUAGGAACACAGUGUUAGAUAAAUCCACUGUGUCCUUACCCUCAAGGCACUUCCCUUUGAUAGAGAGAGAGAUUCAAAAACUAUUUCUUUUAAGGUCAAUGGUUGGCAUUCUGAGCACAUAGCAAUGGAAGCCCAGAGGAGGAGUCAUCAACUGUGCCUUGAAAAGUCCAGUAGAAGAACAAAAGUGGAGGUGAUUUGUAAGCUGGGUUAUCAAAAACCAUCUGCUUUGCCAAGCUGACCAAGAAGGUUGGACAUGCAUGAAUGACUGAGGCCAGAAUAUGCAUGAUCUAUUGAGAACUGUGGUGAACAAUCCCUGUAACCUCAGGGUACCAAAGGGGAGUGGCACAGGACCAAAACUUUUUCUCUGACACUCAAUCUGCCAAUGCUUGGGGCUGCCCACCAUUGUUUCAGCAGGGUGAGAAUGCCCCCAUGCCAGCCCCUUUGGCCACCUCCUAUCAACAGCUAGCAGGUGAGACCACCUCCCAGUGACUGCCCCCCACACUAGAUCACCAGCAGUAAACAGCUGGAGAGGUCCCAGGUAGCAAGCUGGGGACGGACACCUUCAGUGACCUUUCUCCCACCCCUGUAUUCUGCCUCUCACUCCAGCUUUAGCCUCAGAUAAAGCAAGAGGCCCAGGAGUGGGGGCAACAAGAGUCCUGGCACUCUGGGACUCUUAAUCUUGUGACUGUUCUUGCCAUGGUGUUCGUGCCAAGGAAUGUCUCCAGGAAAGUGAACUCAGGCUGCAUCCCUGUAGCAUGACAGUAUAGUACCAAAGGAAGAGAAGGCCACCGCUGUUAUGAUAAUAGGAGAAUUUGCUCUUUCUUCUAAGCAACUCACCCACUUUACACAUAAGGGUGAGAGAGCUAUUAAUUACCAAGCUCUUGACAGUGUCGGGCACUGUGAUAAACUCUCUCCACAGACAAUUUUAUUUAAUGCACAUAAGAGCCUUUUGAGGUAAGCAUUAUGGUUCCCAUUUUACAGAUGGGCAAGUGAGGUCCAUGAUGGGCAAGUAGGGCCCAGAUAGGCCAAGAUCAUGUGAUGCUUAUGAGCAAAACAAGUCUGUACUUUAUCAACUACUCCAUUCAAGUAAGGGAACAUCACAGUUCCCUCCAAAGUUACAUGAAUUCAAAGUCAAGUAGUGCCUAUGAAGCUCCUAAUAAGAGCCAGGCACUCUUUUUGGCACUUUCACAGCUAUUGACUCAUUUAUUUCAGUUCUCAAAGCAACACUGCUUGGUGGUUUUAUUAUUCUCAUUUUACUGAUGAAGUUGUAGAGAGCUGAGUGUCUUAUCUAAGGUUA